AUGGAAAAUAACUUCUACUGGCGCUACAAGGUGGCGGUGGUCACUGGAGCCUCCGUGGGAAUCGGAGCUACCACAGCUGUGGAAUUGGCCAAUGCCGGAAUGGUAGUUGUGGGCCUAGCUCGUCGAGUGGAACUCAUUGAGGCACUCAGGGAGCAAGUGACCGGCGAGGGGAAGAUUUUUGCCCGGCAAUGUGACCUCAAUGAUGAAGAGCAGUUGACCAGCGCUUUCAGCUGGAUUCGUGAGAAAUUCCAGGCCAUUCAUGUGCUCGUCUGCAACGCUGGCAUCCUGAAGGCCAACUUCCUGAGCGAGUCCCCCACCAAGGACAUCAAGGAACUGUUCGACACGAAUGUGGUGGCCACCGCCGGCUGCCUGCGGGAGGCACUGAAGCACAUGGCUGCGGUCAAGGUUCGCGGUCACAUUGUGGUCAUGAACAGCGUGCUUGGCCAUCGGAUUCCGGAAGUGCCGGUGCCCUUAUUCAGCGUUUAUCCGGCCACGAAGCAUGCAAUUACGGCCCUCUGCCAAACGGUGCGCCAGGAAAUACAUUUUCUCAAAUUAAAUAUUAAAUUAACGAGCAUCUGCCCGGGCAUGGUGGACACGGACUUCCUUAGUGUUUACUCGCAGGCGGUGGCCGAGCUGCCCAAGCUGCAGGCGAGUGAUGUGGCCAAGGCGGUGUUGUAUGCGCUGAACACUCCCGAUGGCGUCCAGGUGGAGGACAUCAUCCUGCAGCAGAUGCGGAAGGUCGAUUGAACUUCAGCUCAAUUUUUGUACU